AUGCUGAUAGAUCAACUGAAGGAUAAGGAUGACUGCAUCGCUAUGUUGGAGGCGAAGAUGGCGGCUCAAGAGGCUGCUAGUAAGGCAGAAAGGAGGCAGAGUGAGAGGAUGAUGGAGGCGUUCUUGAGAAAUUCCCAGACCAUAACUUCGACGACGACGACGAGGAGUAAAUUUCUGUUUUGA